GUGCGAGUCUGGCGUUACCUGAAAGGCAAAGACAUCGUCACUCAUGAGAUCCUCCUGGAUGGUGGGAACAAGGUGGUUAUCGGUGGCUUCGGGGACCCAUUAAUCUGCGACAACCAAGUCUCGACUGGGGACACGCGGAUUUUCUUCGUCAACCCUGCCCCGCAGUACAUGUGGCCAGCACACCGCAACGAGCUGAUGCUCAACUCCAGCCUGAUGCGGAUAACGCUGCGCAACCUGGAGGAGGUGGAGCACUGUGUGGAAG